UUUUUUUGUAUUUUUCUUAUUUGUUAGUGCAUUUAUUUUAAUGUAAUGGUGAUGUACUGGAGAAAAGUUAUUUUGGCGGCAGCCUUGUCGUCUGUAUUGGAUGUCAGCAGUGAAGCUUUUGGAAACGAUGACCACACAAAACAACUGCUGGAACACUUGACUGAAUCAGAAAAGAUAUUCCUAUUUGGUGUCAACCCUAACGAAGCACAAUUCGAAGUAGCACAUCUCAAGCAGCCAAAGCGUCGUAAACGCUCACUACUAUACGACGAUCAAGACCUAGUCGGGCUGAAGAAGCAUCUCGAUGUAAAGCUCAGCCCAAGGAACAGCUUCCUAGACCCUCAGUUCCUGCUGAUGAGACGGUGGUCCAACAGCACCGAGGCGGUGCUUGACCAGCACAACGAUGAGGAGUUGGACCAGUGUUAUUAUAGAAGUGAUAAUGCUGCUCUUUAUAUUUGUGAUGAUGUGAGGGGCUUAGUCAGAUCUAAUGAUACUUAUUAUUUCAUUCAUCCACUGCCAGAGAGAUUCCACGAUGACCAUCAAAAACCACACGUGAUAGUCAAAAAACAAAUCAAUAACAAUGAAGAAGACAAAUGUUUAGAAAGUGACCAAGUAAGUCCUGUAGGUCCCGAACCUAUCAAAACAUGGACCAAGCAUAGAAGAAAAAGAGAAAUAACAGCAGCAGUCAACGAAGUAAAUAAUAAUUUAGAAGGAUUCAAAGUAAAUUUAGCACAUAGGAAUAAAACUCUAACAGAUUUUAUACAGAAACUAUCAAAUGGAUCAAAUAGGCAACGAAGAGCUAUUCUACCAGCAAUAUUUGUUGAAACAGCAGUAUUUGUGGAUAGGGAUCUGUACAAGCAUAUGACGAUCAAUUUCCCUAAAGAUACCGAGAGAGAACUAGUGAGAUUCGUCCUAGCUAUGAUCAAUGCUGUACAACUACUGUACCACGACCCAUCUUUGGGAAGGCCAGUGAACUUUAUACUGAAAAGACUGGAAAUUCUGCACGAAGACCCAGCAAAUUUGAAGAGACCUCAUGAUAUUGAUAGGUUUUUAAGUAACUUCUGCACUUGGCAACGACUUGAAAACCCUCCAGGAGACAACGAUCCCCUACACUGGGAUCAUGCACUCAUAUUAACUGGACUAGAUUUGUAUGUAGUCAAUAAGAAUGGAAAAGUUAGCAGUCAAGUUGUAGGUUUGGCGCCAGUAGCGGGAAUGUGUACAGUCACGAGCAGCUGUACCGUCAACGAAGGAAGGCACUUUGAGAGCGUCUAUGUGGUCGCUCAUGAGAUUGGGCAUAACCUGGGCAUGCGUCAUGAUGGGCCACUCGCUGACAACGGGUGUGAUCCUAGCGCGUACAUUAUGAGCCCUACUCUUGGUAGUGGCAAGAUCACUUGGUCACAAUGCAGUAAGAGCUAUCUACAGAAGUUUUUGGACACAGUUCAAUCUCGAUGCUUGCUGGAUCAUGGAAAUUCGGCAGGACAGUUAGAUCACAGUGCUGAAGGGAUUUUACCAGGAGAGAGAUUUGACGCUGAUCAACAAUGCAUGCUAAAGUAUGGCCGAGGUAGUCGCCACUCAGGCGCUCAGAGUCUUGAAGAUAUUUGCCGAGAUCUCCAUUGUCAGCGCGAGAGGUAUACUUGGACCUCCCAUCCUGCUCUAGAGGGAACCCGCUGUGGAGAAGAAAUGUACUGUCGCGGCGGCGAGUGCGUGGAGCGCGCGGGGUCGGGCGUGUCGCGCGGCGCGUGGGGCCGCUGGUCGGGCUGGGCCGACUGCGCGUCCGCCUGCCUGCUGGACGACACGCACGCGCCCGCCGCCGCCGGGGUCGCUGUGGCCACCAGGCGGUGUACGAGGCCACGACAUGAUAACGGCAAGAAUUACUGCAUAGGACACGACAAGAAAUAUCAAUCAUGUCAUGCUCAGCAGUGCAGCAACGUUCCUAGAAUGACUGUACGUGAGUUCGCUGACCAGAUCUGUUUGAGAGCGCGGGAUGUGGACCCUGAUCUCAUCGGCACUGGACUGCAGAGAAUCGAUUCGGAUGACGUGAGCAGUGCGUGUGCAGUAUGGUGCGACACGCGCGGCGGCGGCUACAAGUCCCGCGGCUGGAGCCUGCCCGACGGCACCGCCUGCUCCAAGGUCUCGCCCAUGUUCUGCAUCAGCGGCGUCUGCCAGAAAUUCACUUGUUCCACAAACCCUGACACGGAGUUUUCUUUACGACCCGGAGACUGCGAAUGGGAAGCUCUGAGGACAGCUACCCCGCAUACACCACCCGCCAAGUCGUCGGGCACGUGGCGGCGCGCGGCGGGCAGCCAGUGGCGCGCGGCGUCGGGCUGCCACAGCCGCUGCGUGGCGCCCGGCGCGGGGCUGCGCCUCGUGCAGGCCGCCGCCAGGACCAGCAUACAGCUGUGCCAGCCGCAGCUGCAAGACCAUCAGGGUUGCACACAAAAGAAAUCACCAUACCAAUACGCUACCAUGGUAUGCACGAAGUACAAGGACAGAGUGAGGAGACUAUCGGGACUGGGUAUGCAGAUAUCACCGGCUUUAGAGGAUCCGGACAGGCCUUGUCGUAUAGCGUGCCAGGACGAGCGCGUGUCACACCGGUUCUACCUGGUCAACGGCCACGAGGGCUGGUUCCCUCUCGGGACCUCCUGCGGGAAGAGAAACGCCUCGUAUUGUGUCAGUGGGAAGUGCUUGGAAUUCGGUCCCGACAACACUCCACUCUCAGAGAUGGUGUUCACACUUCCCCUACUGGGCCGUAGUAAUGUAUCGCGCAGUCUCCCACAAAGAAGUGCGCGACAUAGACGCAGUCUUCGCGCGCAGAGGAUCACGGUCAAAGCCACGCUCGACCAGCGACAUCUAGAUGAUAUUAUUGCAAGGCUCAAUUUGACACACAAUAUAAACGAUCACAUAACAUACUUCGACGCGAUACCAGAGAACAUAGAAGUGGACUUCAACAACCCAAUACACAUAGCGCCAGAAGACACUCUAUUACGGAAGCCGCCUCGACCGACAUGGGAUUGAACUCAACAUUGUUACCAGUAAUACAAAUGUAAUUAACCCUAUGUAUGAAAGGCUGAUCAGUCAUAAUGGCAAUAAUUAUUAUUGGUGAUUUAGGGCCGAUUUUCAAUCGCCAGAUAACUUUUAUCCGAAUAAUAUUUUUGACUGACGAUUGAAACAAAAGUCCUUAGAAAACUAAUCACCAAUGAGGAUAUAGAAUGUCAAAGAGUGACUAAGUUUCAAAAGCUGCUAAAUCACGUGAUGUUUAUGACGAAAAAGAUAAGGGAAUAUAUUAUGAUUCGUAUGCCAAGGCGAUAAGGUUGUUUUUUGAAUAAUCUACUUUUAAAUAAGAUGGCACUUGAUGUCCUGGGCGCUGCUGGUUGGUCGUGUAUAGUUUUAUGAUAGGUAUUUGUGAAUGCCAAAUAAUGUUGGCAUUGCUCUCUAGGGUGUUUACCCAAAGUCAAGGAUAUUUUUUGACCAAAUAUUCGUUCUACCGCAUGCUACAUGAUUUUAACAAAAUUGUAGUAUUCUAUUUUACAAAAUUCAAUAAAUGAUACUUGCAGGUUCAUUAAACAGUAUUAAAAUAUCAAAUUAAUUGUAACAUCUCCUCCAUCAAAAACUGUUUUACCGACAACAACGAAACAAAGUGUCGGUAAAACAGUUUCUAUCUUCAGUAACUUUCCUGUCACAUACUUUUUCGUUAGAAAGUAUCCGUAGUUGCUACAUUAGAUACAAAUUAAUCGUUUGCGGUAGAAACGACUGUCAAGACUACUGUUGUUCAAACAAAUAUAAUUUUAAGUUGUACAUACUUUUG